GAGAGCCAUGGAGAAGCUGCGUCGUCGCCUCAGAAGCUGGCGGUUCUUCCCCCUCUCCGGCAAGACGGUCACGACCUCGCUGCUGACGGUGGGCCUCCUGGCGCUCGGGGUCAUCCACAGAGACUCCGGCCGCGAAGCUCGGGCAGCGCCGGAGCCCGCACAGACCACCAGCGUCGCCCCCGUUGUCGUAGAAGACCCGAACGACCUGGACUUCGAGGGUGUCGUGGAUGACGACCCGGAACUCUUAUCGUACAUCCGGCAACACAAGCUGCACCCUCCGGCCAUUCAUGACAAAUACGACCUUAGAUAUCCCCAAAAGACUGAUUACUCGCAAUACAAGCAGUCGACGAAGAUUGAUAAGAUUCUCAAGAAUAUGACAAGCGGGUUCUUCGUCGAGGUCAACGCCGGCGACGGCGAGUACAAGAGCCAGAGCCUCUUCUUCGAGGUGCAACGCAACUGGACCGGCCUGCUGGUUGAGCCGGACCCGGCGGCGUUUUCCGAAAUGAAGACCAAGAACAGGAAGGCCUUCUCGAUCAACGCCUGCGUCUCGCUCCUGCCCAAAUGCACCAAUAAGACUCUCGCGAUCCAAAAUAAGACGCACCCCAGAAGCGCCAGAAAAUUCUGGAGGAUCCAGUGCUUUCCCCUUUACUCCCUCCUGCUUGCCCUCAACAGAACCAGGAUCGAUCUGCUUUCACUCUCAGUAGGAGGGGAUGAGCUGAAGGUUCUGCGAACGAUACCGUGGCACAAAAUGCAGAUCCGCCUCCUGGAGGUGCAGGUCAACGCCAUCCCGGAGGGCGAGGAGGCCGUCGAGGAGUUCAUGGCGAAGGUCGGCUACACGUACCUCGGGCGCUGCUGGAUCGACCGCGUGUUUGUGAGGACGGAACUGCUCGACACCGUGCAGAGGAUUCUGACAUACUGACGGCUGUCAGACCUACUUUAAGUCUAAUAUUACACACACGCAGACAAACACACACACACAAACGCACACA